AUGAACGUCGCCAUCAUAUUUGGAAUCACGGGACAGGAUGGUUCGUACCUAAGCGAGCUGUUACUGGAUAAAGGGUAUGUUGUGCACGGUGUUAUAAGGAGAUGCAGCUCUUUUAACACGAAAAGGAUAGACCAUAUAUUUGACAAGCUGAUUUUGCAUUAUGGUGACGUACUUGACAGUAGUAAUAUUUGUUCAUUAAUAAGUAAGACAAAGCCAAAUGAAAUAUAUAAUUUAGCUGCACAGAGUCAUGUAAAAGUUAGCUUCGAAUUGCCAGUAUACACAGCUGAGACGACAGCCUUAGGCACAUUACGCAUAUUAGAAGCAAUAAAAAAUUCCAAAGUUCCUAAUAUAAAAUUUUAUAACGCAUCAACAUCUGAAUUAUUUGGAAAAAUAAAAAGUAACAUCCAAAAUGAAUACACCCCAUUUAACCCUGUGUCUCCAUAUGCAAUUGCAAAAUUGUAUGCACAUUACAUAACUAUAAAUUAUAGAGACUCAUAUAAUAUGUUCUGUGUCAAUGGAAUAUUAUUUAAUCAUGAAAGUCCGAGAAGAGGAGAAACUUUUGUAACUAAGAAAAUUACAAAAGGAAUAGCAAAAAUAUGUAAAGGCAUACAAAAGUGCAUAACAUUAGGUAAUAUUGACACUUGGAGAGAUUGGGGGCAUGCAAAAGAUUAUGUAUAUGCAAUGUAUUUAAUGUUACAACAACAUGAUGCAGAUGAUUUUGUAAUAUGCUCAAAUGAACAACACUCUGUGAGAGAAUUUUGUGAAAUUUCAUUUUCUUUUGUUGGCCUUUUUUUAAAAUGGGAAGGAAUAGGAAUAAAUGAAAUUGGAAUAGAUCAAAAUAAUAAUGUGCUCAUCAAAAAAGACAUCAAAUAUUUUAGAGAAUCUGAAGUUUAUACCUUACAUGGAGACUCUACUAAAGCCAGGACGGUAUUAAAAUGGUUUCCAAACUACAACUUCUUUCAGCUCAUUUAUGAGAUGCUCAAGUAUGAUUUUGAGGAGCACAACUUGCCUUUCGAUGAUUUCGACACAUGUGUGAGGAAAUACGAAAAUUACAAAAGCAACAAACAAGAAAUGGUACAAUGA